AGGCGGGUUGUCGUCUUAGUCCAUUAACUCAAUUGGCUACCAGGCGUCCCGUCCAGGUAUAAUCAGCGCCGAUAGUCACCGCCCUUCCGCCAUUCACUGAUCAUUGCACGAGUCUUUGCCCGCAGUCCGAAAAGGCGCUAUAUAAAGCAGGGGCUGCCUGUGACUGACCGCUCCGCGCACGACCCCCCGCCGCACAGCUGCUCGCCGCCUGAUGUAACUUCCUGCUAAGCGGCUGAUGCUGCGCGCUGCACCGGACCUCCUAGACCUCCAGAACCAGCAGUCAGCCUCAAGAUGCUCUCCUCAGGGGUACUCCUCUUCACCGUGGUCAUCCAGAACGCAUUUUCAUCGCCGCUACCUUCGGAAGACAACGGAGCAGGCAAAGAAAAGGUGCUGAAAUGCUUCAUGGAGGUCCUGGCGGAUGCUUUGUCCAACCCUGAACCCAAACCAGUUAGCCACGAGUGUCUGGACACACUGAGGGGUGAUGAACGAGUCGCUUCAGCACUUCGCCACCAGAACCUUCUGAAGGAGCUGCAGGAGCUCGCAGCCCAAGGAGCCAAUGACAGAGCACAGCUCAGGAAAAGAAGUGAUGAGUUAGCCAAUCAUGUCGCAGAGGUUUUGGAGGAGCACAGGGAGAAGGAGGCAGAUUUAAAAGAUUCACUCAGCAUCGAGGAAGAUGACGAGAAAGUGGAAGACGAGAAUGUUCCACAGGCGCACCUGUCCGACGAGAGGCUCAAUGGCUCUGGAAAAGUGGUGGCGAGGGAGGCUGCGUCAGGGGAGCAAAGGAAAGAGUCAGAGGAGGACGGUGCCUCACAGGAGUUGGGCGUGGACCCCAACACCAAAGACAAUUCGGAGCAGCGUGUCCAAGACAACAGCAGCACUGAAAAAAGCAUUCCGGAGACUCCCACAGCCAGCCAGAACCAGCAGACUAGCAGCUCCGAAGACAAAUUCGGGACCCCAGUAAACGACACAGCCAUCAGCGAAGGAGAACACAAAAUGGAGUCGCAGAGCAACCUCGCUGGAGCAACUGCCCUGGCUGAGCAGUUAACCGGUGAGGAGGCCUCAGCUCCUUCUCUCGUCCAGAGAGGCAAUGAAAUGACAAGGCCCGAUACGGCCGAGGAGAGAAGCCAAGUGGUGGCAGACCUGUCAGCACUUCAGAAGCGGGGACGGCCAUUGGAGGACGAGGACGGAAAAGACGACGAAGGCAGUGGCAACCAAAAACGAGAGGAGCAGGAGCUGGAAAGCCUGGCAGCGAUUGAGAGUGAGCUGGAGAAAGUAGCUGAGAAACUGCACCAAAUGAGGAGCUGAACCCCCACAUGGUCUAAUUCCUUGACCCACCUACCUUUGACCCCCUGUUUUCUGUGUCAUAUGUAAAUAUUUAUCAUCAUUUGGAGUAAAAAAAGAACAACUUAGAAGGAUGCACGUGCAAUAUAUUAUAGAACAAUAAACAUAGUGGACAUUUAGUGAAGGUCCAUCUGCCAUUCUAGAAGUGUUCAGCUCAGGCGACGAGAGGCUGCGAGGGAUCCACAGAGACUUGGUCACCAGCAGGCGAGGAUGUGAGGAGGGGAGGCCAUCAACAGCCUUUGGAUUUGUUUUGUAAAGCCUUGCAUGACUGAAUCAUUUCCGACAAGGGGGUACACAGGCCUCUGUACACUUUGUAUUAGCAUGUGUUCACCUCAUUGUAGCAACUUUGAACCUCUGACAGGCCCGAGCAAUAGUUGCUGCAUUGUAUGUCAGCCGGACUACUGGGAAUUUCUCAGUAUUUCCUUAUUUUCUGUUUUUUGCUUUUGGGGAAUAAAGAGCCCACAAGUCUCCACCUUAACCCCAUACAAACCUCAUGUAAAAUAACGACCAGUCAAAAACACAUGUACAUAACAGAAGAAUCUCAUUGGUGUAUCCAUGUCAUGAUGACAGGCAUCAGCAUAGAGAAGUGAAGCACCGAGAGCGCCCUCAAGUGGCUUAUCACUGAAUACACAGCCGAAGAUACACAGGCCACUAGCAUUGUGUCCAACACAAAAAUAAUGCAAUAAACUUGGGAUUGCUUCUAUUUCCAACUGAUGUACCUGUAGGCAAAUAUUUCUGGAUGUAAUUUGAAGACAAGUAAAUAAA